AUGACCCUGUUGGCGGGUGAUGGCUCUGACUAUGACUACAGUGCCCUGAGCUGUGCCUCUGAUACUUCCCUCAAUCCACCUCCCCUACACGAAGAGGAGGCUCAUAAGGGAGCCUUCUACAAGAGGGCACAGCUUGCCCCUGAGCUCAGCACCAUCCAUGACAGCACACAGCUGUCCAGCGCCCGAAAACUACAUGCCAUCAUCAAUGUGGGUGGCCUGCGUUACCAGCUGCCUUGGACCACCUUAGAGGACUUCCCCUUGUCUCGUCUGGGCCAGCUGCACCUCUGCAGCAGCUUUGAUGAGAUCAUGCGCAUCUGUGAUGACUAUGACGUUACACACAAUGAGUUCUUCUUCGAUCGCAGCCCCUGUGCUUUCCGAACCAUCCUGACCUUCCUGAGGGCAGGUAAGCUGCGGUCCCUCAGGGAGAUGUGUGCACUCUCCUUCAGGGAAGAGCUGCUCUACUGGGGGGUCCCUGAGGAGAGCCUGGAGUGGUGCUGUCGCCGGCGUCUGCUGCAGCGCAUGGAGGAGUUUGAAGCGAUGGAGAGAGCAGAGGAGGAGGAACUCUUGGAGGAUCUUUUGGAUUCAGACAGUGGCCAAAAGGAGCACCCAACAGAAUCCAGACUAAAUAGGUGCAUGGGAAAGCUAAGAGACAUGGUGGAGAGGCCUCACUCGGGCCUCCCAGGGAAGAUCUUUGCUUGUUUGUCAGUGUUGUUUGUCACCAUCACUGCCAUCAACCUUUCCAUCAGCACCAUGCCUGCCAUGAGGGAAGAGGAGGAGGCGGGCACAUGCUCCCAGAUGUGUCAAAACAUCUUUAUUGUGGAGACAGUUUGUGUGGCCUGGUUCUCCCUGGAGUUCACCCUUCGCUUCAUUCAGGACCGCAGAAAGCUGACCUUCCUCAGACAGCCACUGAAUAUGAUAGACGUGGUGGCCAUCCUGCCAUACUACAUCACACUGGUGGUGGACAGCACCUCCAAGGGAGAGAAGCGACCAGGCUCUGGCAGCAGUUAUUUGGACAAAGUGGGCUUGGUGCUGCGCGUCCUGAGAGCCCUGCGCAUCCUUUAUGUGAUGCGGCUUGCUCGCCAUUCGCUGGGCCUGCAGACUCUGGGACUCACAGCACGCCGCUGCACACGGGAGUUUGGACUGCUCCUCCUCUUCCUGUGCGUGGCCAUCGCACUGUAUUCCCCGUUGCUGUACUUGAUUGAGAAUGAAAUGGCAACCACUCAGGAGUUCACCAGCAUCCCCGCUACCUACUGGUGGGCUGUGAUCACCAUGACGACAGUGGGUUAUGGGGACAUGGUGCCGAGGAGCAUCCCGGGUCAGGUGGUGGCUCUGAGCAGCAUCCUGAGUGGGAUCCUCCUUAUGGCUUUCCCCGUCACCUCCAUCUUCCACACCUUCUCACGGUCCUAUGUGGAGCUGAAGCAGGAGCAGCAGCGGCUCAUGCAGAGGAGGACACACUUUCUGCUGCGGAGCCGUAUGGCCGGCCUGGGUAGUAACCUCUCCCUGGAGAGUGAUAUGCUCUUCCCCAUAGGGUCGUCUGACACCAGGGACAUGGACGACUGA